AUGCAGACCUGUGGAACCAGAAUUGCAUCUGUAGCAGCUGGGAAGUCAUUCUAGGCUCUUGGCCCAGUGUCUUGGCCCCGAUCUGAUAUGAAGAUGGCAGCCAGGGUGCUGUGGGGCAGCCUCAGCCUGCUGCGCCUGGUGUGGUGUCUCCUUCCGCAGACAGGCUACGUGCACCCGGACGAGUUCUUCCAGUCACCCGAGGUCAUGGCAGAGGACAUCCUGGGCAUAGAGGCCGCACGGCCCUGGGAGUUCCACCCCAGCAGCUCCUGCCGCACAGUGGUCUUUCCACUGCUGACCUCUGGCUCUGCCUUCUGGCUGCUCAAGCUCUGGGAAGAGUGGGGGCCGUGGCCUGGCCCAGUGAGUGGCUACGUGCUGCUGGUGGGGCCCCGACUCCUCCUCACUGCCCUCUCCUUUGCCCUGGACGUGGCUGUGUACCACCUGUCCCCUCUGUGGGGGGCGGAGCGCUGGAACGCCCUGGUCCUGCUGUCUGGUUCCUACGUCACCCUGGUCUUCUACACAAGGACCUUCUCCAACGCCAUCGAAGGACUGCUCUUUGCCUGGCUGCUGGUGCUGGUAUCCCCCCGUGUAGCUUGGAGCCCUACUUCCAAGAAGCCUGCUCCAGGCCUGUGGUGGCGCCACUGGCUCCUCGGAGGCACCGUGGCUGCUGGCUUCUUCAAUCGGCCCACCUUUCUGGCCUUUGCUCUGGUCCCCCUCUUCCUCUGGGGCAUUUGUGGAGCCUCGAACCCUGGCUUCAAGUCGCUGACCCAGGAAGCCCUCGUGUUGCUCCCAGGGGCGACCCUCACAGCAGCGGUGUUUGUGGCUGUGGACAGCUGGUAUUUCUCCAGUCCAUCUAGACCCAGUACCCUUGUCCUUACACCUGCUAACUUCUUGGGCUACAACCUGGAUCCUCAAAACCUGGCGAGGCAUGGAACACACAUGCGGCUCACUCACCUGGCGGUCAAUGGCUUCCUGCUCUUCGGUGUGCUGCAUGCCCAGGCCCUGCAGGCUGCGUGGCAACAGCUGCAAGCCUGCCUCCGGACCUUUGCCCAAAGGGGCUUCCUGAGGGCACUGGCUGCCCGGAGCCUGCCUUCCAGGCCCAGGGCUCACCUCCUGCUCAUCUACUUCAUGCCCAUGGCCCUGCUGUCGGCCUUUAGCCACCAGGAAGCUCGCUUCCUGAUCCCCCUUCUUGUCCCCCUAGUCCUGCUUUGUAGUUCACAGACCCAACCCGUGCCCUGCAAGGGCACCCUGGUCCUCUUCAAUGCCCUGGGUGCCCUCUUCUUCGGCUGCCUGCACCAGGGGGGCCUAGUGCCUGGCCUGGAGCACCUGGAGCGGGUGGUUCAUGCACCGGUACUCCCGAGCGCACCUACCCACUACACGCUGCUCUUCACCCACACCUACAUGCCCCCCCGGCACCUCCUACGCCUCCCAGGCCUGGGGUCGCCCGUGGAGGUGGUGGACAUGGGUGGGACAAAGGACCAGGUCCUGUGCCAAGCGCUGAACAACUUCACCAGACAAGCAGCCUGCCAGGUGGCCGGUGGGCCGUGGCUCUGCCGCCUUUUUGUGGUGACCCCUGGCACCACCAGGCCUGCCGUGGAGAAGUGCAGCUUCCCCGUCAAGAGUGAGACGCUCCUGUUUCCCCACUUGACCCUGGAGGACCCCCCAGCCCUGUCCUCCCUGCUGAGUGGGGCUUGGAGGGACCAUCUCAGCCUUCACGUCUUGGAGCUGGGGGAGAGGCCCGACAAUAUAACAGAAGAGCCACUGCCCAAGAUUCAGCCGUAGGUGAAGGUGCCACUCCACCUUCUAUGUGGGAAGCUGGGCUGGGACAGAACCCUCAUUCUCUUCCUUUCCUGUCCCUUCCAGAACCCCAUCACUGCCUCUCCUGUGCACAGCCUCUGGCUGCUCUACCUUGGGGUAAGCUGGCACCCUCUCUCCCGCAAAGACCAAAGAUCUGACCGGUCAUGGUCCUGAUGCCAAGGUCCCCAAAGAACCUGGUGGAACCAAUGGCGCCUAAUGUCUGUUUCUGCCAUAUUCCUUCUAGCCACUGUGAUGUUUUAAAUAUACAACAGCACCUGGUUGUGAAGAGACAACGGUCUGCUAGUGACAUUCCCGAAUGACUUCUCCCAAAACUCCCAGGAGGCCUUACCUCUGGCUGUCUUGACAACCCUUUGGCUUCCUAGAUCCCUGGGAGAGGCAGGGUGGCGAUGUGGAGAGAGUAGGUAGCUCAGAUUCAGGGGACCCAAGUUCCAGUCCCUGGUCUGCCACUUACUGGCUGUGUAUUCUUAAGAAAUCCCCUUCCGCCACCCAGCCUCAGUUUCCUAAUCUGUACGAUGGAUCAGAGGAUCUCUGUGGUGUCUGCAGCACAUGGUCCCUGGCUAGACAGGCAUGUCUCUCCCCGAGCUCUCUGAGCAGAGAAGCAGGUGUGGUGUGGUAUUUAAUGGCAUGUUGGUGCCUGCUGUCUCAGUGUUCAGUAAUUACCAAAACAAGUAAUUCUGGAACUUUUCUCCCCACUCUCUUCUACUCCUGUCCCUGGAGAGGUGGUGGGACAUUUCUGCAUCUCACCCUUUACGGAUCAUUCUCCAAGAUUUCGGAGCUCAGAUGUUCUCUCUCCUCAGCCUGCCCCAGAGGGAAUGGAGAACACAUGAUGCUCAGUUAGUAUCCCGCGGCACUUGAGGACAACCUGGCGCUCCCACAGGCCUUGUUUCUUAACUGUGGUCUGGUCACUCUCCAAGUUCAAAGCACCUGUCUGAAGCUUCUCUUCACAGGACGGAGAGCAAACCCCAUGCCAAACUAACCCCUGCUACUCUGGUGGAAGCCACUACACCCCUGGGCAUGUUGCUCCCACAACAUAGCGUACCCCUACCCAGUCCACUGGGAAGGUGAGGAGCUGUGGCACUCAACUUGUUCUCACUCUCCCUCUUCACACCCCUACCAUUUCAUGAGAACAAGAGGCACCCAGGGGGCCAGCCCGGUGGCACAGCGGUUAAGUUUGCACGUUCUGCUUUGGCAGCCAGUGUUCAUCAGUUCAGAUGCUGGGUGCGGACAUGGCACCA